AUGGACUUCGCCGCUCAGCCCAAGCCUGCCACUGCCCUCUGCGGCGUCGUGAGUGCCGACGGGAAGAUCGCUUACCCUCCGGGGGUGAAGGAGAUCACCGACAAGAUCACCACGGACGAGAUGAUCAAACGACUGAAGAUGGUAGUGAAGACUUUCAUGGACAUGGAUCAGGACUCAGAGGAUGAGAAGCAGCAGUACCUCCCUCUAGCCUUGCAUCUGGCGUCUGAAUUUUUUCUCAGGAAUCCCAAUAAAGAUGUGCGUCUCCUUGUAGCGUGUUGUUUGGCUGACAUCUUUCGAAUCUAUGCCCCAGAAGCUCCAUAUACUUCCCAUGAUAAACUUAAGGACAUAUUUUUGUUUAUUACCAGACAGUUAAAAGGUUUGGAAGAUACAAAGAGCCCGCAAUUUAAUAGAUACUUUUAUUUAUUAGAGAAUUUAGCGUGGGUUAAAUCAUAUAACAUCUGCUUUGAAUUGGAAGAUUGCAAUGAAAUUUUUAUUCAGCUUUUUAGGACUCUCUUCUCAGUGAUCAACAAUAGCCACAAUAAGAAGGUACAAAUGCACAUGCUAGACUUGAUGAGUUCUAUCAUCAUGGAAGGUGAUGGAGUUACUCAAGAAUUAUUGGACUCCAUUCUUAUUAACCUCAUUCCUGCACAUAAGAACUUAAAUAAACAGUCCUUUGACCUCGCAAAAGUCCUAUUGAAAAGGACAGUCCAGACUAUUGAAGCAUGCAUUGCCAAUUUUUUCAAUCAAGUACUGGUGCUGGGAAGAUCAUCAGUAAGUGAUUUGUCAGAACAUGUAUUUGAUCUGAUUCAGGAACUUUUUGCUAUAGAUCCCCAUUUAUUAUUAUCUGUCAUGCCGCAGCUUGAAUUCAAAUUGAAGAGCAAUGAUGGAGAAGAACGAUUAGCUGUUGUUCGACUUUUAGCUAAAUUGUUUGGUUCUAAAGAUUCUGAUUUAGCAACACAGAAUCGUCCUCUGUGGCAGUGUUUUCUUGGACGAUUUAAUGACAUUCAUGUUCCUGUGAGAUUAGAAAGUGUGAAAUUUGCCAGUCACUGUUUAAUGAAUCACCCAGAUUUAGCAAAGGAUCUCACAGAAUAUUUGAAAGUUCGAUCCCAUGAUCCAGAAGAAGCUAUUCGUCAUGAUGUUAUUGUUACUAUAAUAACUGCUGCCAAAAGAGACCUUGCCUUAGUGAAUGAUCAGCUACUUGGCUUUGUAAGAGAAAGAACACUGGAUAAACGGUGGCGAGUAAGAAAAGAAGCUAUGAUGGGUCUGGCUCAGCUUUAUAAGAAAUACUGUCUUCAUGGUGAAGCAGGGAAGGAAGCUGCAGAGAAAGUCAGCUGGAUAAAGGACAAACUUUUGCAUAUAUAUUAUCAGAAUAGCAUCGAUGACAAACUAUUGGUAGAGAAAAUCUUUGCUCAGUAUCUUGUCCCCCACAACCUGGAAACAGAAGAGAGAAUGAAAUGCUUGUAUUAUUUAUAUGCUAGUUUGGAUCCAAAUGCUGUCAAAGCUCUCAAUGAAAUGUGGAAGUGUCAGAACAUGCUUAGAAGUCAUGUACGAGAAUUGUUGGAUUUGCACAAGCAGCCUACAUCAGAAGCUAACUGUUCUGCUAUGUUUGGAAAACUGAUGACCAUAGCAAAGAAUUUGCCUGAUCCUGGGAAAGCACAAGAUUUUGUGAAGAAAUUUAACCAAGUUCUCGGUGAUGAUGAGAAACUGCGGUCUCAGUUGGAGUUGUUAAUCAGUCCAACCUGUUCAUGCAAACAGGCAGAUGUUUGUGUGAGAGAAAUAGCCCGGAAACUUGCCAAUCCUAAGCAGCCAACAAAUCCUUUUCUAGAGAUGGUCAAAUUUCUGUUGGAAAGAAUUGCACCUGUGCACAUUGAUUCAGAAGCCAUCAGUGCACUGGUAAAACUGAUGAAUAAAUCAAUAGAAGGGACAGCAGAUGACGAAGAGGAGGGUGUAAGUCCAGAUACAGCUAUUCGUUCAGGACUUGAACUUCUUAAGGUUCUGUCUUUCACACACCCUACCUCGUUCCACUCUGCAGAGACAUACGAGUCCCUGUUACAGUGCCUCAGGAUGGAGGAUGACAAGGUAGCAGAAGCUGCGAUACAGAUUUUUAGAAAUACAGGCCACAAAAUAGAAACAGACCUACCCCAAAUACGAUCGACCUUAAUUCCCAUUUUACAUCAGAAGGCAAAGAGAGGUACUCCACACCAAGCAAAACAGGCUGUUCACUGUAUACAUGCCAUAUUCACAAAUAAAGAAGUCCAGCUUGCACAGAUUUUUGAGCCACUCAGUAGGAGUCUGAAUGCUGAUGUACCAGAACAACUUAUAACUCCGUUAGUUUCAUUGGGCCACAUUUCUAUGUUAGCACCAGAUCAGUUUGCUUCCCCAAUGAAAUCUGUAGUAGCAAAUUUUAUUGUUAAAGAUCUGCUAAUGAAUGACAGGUCAACAGGUGAGAAGAAUGGAAAAUUAUGGUCUCCAGAUGAAGAGGUUUCCCCUGAAGUACUAGCAAAGGUACAGGCAAUUAAACUUCUGGUAAGAUGGCUGUUGGGUAUGAAAAACAACCAGUCUAAAUCUGCCAAUUCAACUCUUCGGUUAUUAUCAGCAAUGUUGGUUAGUGAGGGUGACCUGACAGAGCAGAAGAGGAUCAGUAAAUCUGAUAUGUCUCGCUUGCGAUUAGCUGCUGGUAGUGCCAUAAUGAAGCUUGCUCAGGAACCUUGUUACCAUGAAAUUAUAACCCCAGAACAGUUUCAGCUCUGUGCACUUGUUAUUAAUGACGAGUGCUAUCAAGUAAGGCAGAUAUUCGCUCAGAAGCUACACAAGGCGCUUGUGAAGUUACUGCUCCCACUGGAGUACAUGGCCAUCUUUGCCUUGUGUGCCAAAGAUCCGGUGAAGGAGAGGAGAGCACAUGCGCGGCAGUGUUUGCUGAAAAACAUCAGUAUACGCAGGGAGUACAUCAAACAGAACCCCAUGGCUACUGAGAAACUAUUAUCACUGUUGCCUGAGUAUGUAGUUCCUUAUAUGAUUCACCUGCUAGCUCAUGAUCCAGAUUUUACAAGAUCACAAGAUGUUGAUCAGCUUCGUGAUAUUAAAGAGUGCCUCUGGUUCAUGCUUGAAGUUUUAAUGACAAAGAAUGAAAAUAAUAGCCAUGCCUUUAUGAAAAAGAUGGCAGAGAACAUCAAGCUAACAAAAGAUGCCCAGUCUCCAGAUGAAUCCAAGACAAAUGAAAAACUUUACACAGUGUGUGAUGUGGCCCUGUGCGUGAUAAAUAGUAAAAGUGCUUUGUGCAAUGCAGAGUCUCCAAAGGAUCCAGUCCUGCCAGUGAAAUUUUUUACACAACCUGAAAAGGACUUCUGUAAUGACAAGAGUUAUAUUUCAGAAGAGACAAGAGUACUUCUGUUAACAGGAAAGCCAAAACCUGCUGGAGUGCUAGGUGCUGUAAACAAGCCUUUGUCAGCAACGGGAAGGAAACCGUAUGUUAGAAGCACUGGAGCUGAGACCGGAAGCAAUAUUAAUGUAAAUUCAGAGCUGAACCCUUCCACCGGAAAUCGACCAAGGGAACAGAGUUCAGAGGCAGCAGAAACUGGUGUUAGUGAAAAUGAGGAGAACCCUGUAAGAAUUAUUUCUGUCACACCAGUAAAGAAUAUUGACCCAGUGAAGAAUAAGGAGAUUAAUUCUGAUCAGUCUGCCCAGGGCAACAUCAGCAGUGACCGAGGAAAGAAAAGAACAGUAACAGCAGCUGGUGCAGAGAAUAUUCAACAAAAAACAGAUGAGAAAGCAGAUGAAUCAGGACCACCUGCCCCUUCAAAACCCAGGAGAGGACGUCGACCCAAAUCUGAAUCUCAGGGCAAUGCAACCAAAAAUGAUGAUAUAAAUAAACCUCUCAGUAAGGGAAGAAAGAGAGCUGCAGUCAGUCAGGAGAGCCCUGGAGGUAUGGAAGCAGGUAAUGCCAAAGCACCCAAACUGCAAGACCCAGCCAAAAAGGCAGCGCCAACAGAGAGGCAGAUUGACUUGCAAAGGUAA